AUGACAACCAAUAAACAAGAAACCUAAUUGCAAGUUCUAAAUACAACACCAAUAAAAGAUGACUUACAGCCACUAAUUGUUUUGGAUGUUCAAACUCAAGAUUCUAUUUAGAAGUCUAUAAAGGAGCCUCCUAAAAUACUUUGGUUCUUAUCAAUUUUUACUGCUUUUACUUGGGGGUUAUAUAACUUCGUAUAUUCAUUUAUGGAUAAUAGAGAUUUCGCUACUAGCAAUCUCUCAUUCUCUGGAAGUUUGUUAUUCUCAAUAAUCUGUUAAAUCUAUGUCUUUAGAAAGACUGAUGGAGACAUUCAUAAAAAAUUUAGAGAAGCAUUUUUAAGAUCUUAUGUGGAUGAAAAUGGAGUAUUUAAUAGAACAUUAGCAAUUCUUUCAACUUUGAGAACUAUAUUCUUCAUUAGCAAUUACUACAUUUUAAUUAAGACUAUAGAAUUUGGAAAAAGGGCUCAAAUCAAUAUAGGAAUAUUAACUAGUAUUUUUACUUUAGCUGCUGCAUCGAACACUGUGGUUGGUUGGCUUUUAUUCAAGGAAAAACUAGGUGCUUCUAGAAUUAUAGGCAUCAUAAUACAUGCUAAAAUUCUUGCCGUGUUACCAUAAGCAAAAUUUGCUGGAAAAACUACAAUCUUGAUCCGUUUCAAGGAUAGAUAGACUCAGGAUUUUAGUCUGGUAUAUUUUCACUUGUUCUUGUGA